UGGGAAUUCUCACCAAGAAGCUUGCAUUUUAACGAAAAAUCUCCUCUCCCCAAAAAGUUGCCAUGAAAUCUGCUUCUUCUGGAUCAUCUUCUUGGAGGUCUGCUGAGAGGGUAACACUUUGUUAUCACAAUACUCCCCCCAAAUUGAGGACAACGAAAACAAGGGGUCUGAAUUAUGGAAGAAAGUUCUAUGGAUGUGCUUUAUGGCCUAAAUCAGAUUGUGGCUUUUUCUUAUGGGUAGAUGAAAACCAAAUUGGAGAUGUUGAAGACCAUAGUAGAGAGAAAGAAAUGUUGAUUGACGAAUUACUGAAUGAGAAAGGUUUUAGAAGGAAAAGUGCAGAGGCUGAAGAAGAAGAAAGAACAACUGGAGGAUGCCCUAACUGAGAUGAAGAUGGUUGUUUCAAACACUACAAAGAGGGAAAAGCAUGCAAUGACUGCACUAGUUUUUUUCUUGG